GCGGCUGCACCCAGCCCUGCGGCUGUACCCAGCUCUGCGGCUGUACCCAGCCCUGCGGCUGUACCCAGCUCUGCGGCUGUACCCAGCUCUGCGGCUGUACCCAGCCCUGCGGCUCCAAGCCGGGUCCAGCCUGGGUUUGUCAGCGUGGGGAGAGCGCCGGCAGCAGCUCCCCAGAACCCAUCGUGCCCCGCAGCAGAACUAAGUCCCUGCUGCUGCAAAUACGGUGACUCACAUGUCAUCACUGCACCUGCAUCCAACCAGGGGCUCGCCGGUAGCGUGCGAUGGGCUCCCACCCCUCCUGUUCACCUGCUCUGAUUUGCAAGUGUUGAGCCCCAGUUCAGAACAUAAACGGGUGACUUGCCCUUACAUGUCAGACCUCCUGCUGUUACAUUUAUCCUGGUCGCUCUGGCUCCUGAUCACUCUGGUCACUGGUUCUGAGGCCCCUGUUCUGUGCACCAGGCAGGUGCCGCCUCGGCUGCUGCUGGCUUCACCAGAACUUGUCAGCAGACGCCUGGCCGGUGGUGAGGGCAUCCAGCACGGAGGCACCUGUGCCGUGACGAAACCCCCUUAGCGCUGGGAAAGUCACACAUAAACGAUUUUAAAUGUGUACAGAUCAAUGUGCACGGGAUGCAGCUUUGCAGACAGGGACAGUGGGGACAGGAUGAUUGCGGGGACACUGCUGCCAUCUCUUGUCACCCGCUCAGGGACUGCAGCACCGGCCAAACAAGCCGGGCUGUCAUUCCAUCAGAAUGCAGGCGGCGUUGGCUGGGGGAAGAGGGGUGGUCCAAGGUUUCAAGAACACUGGAUCAUAUCGUCCUUAUGUACCUCUCCAGCGUAUGCAAAACUAGCAAAAACCCACAAACCCGCAAACUGUAACAAAUCAUGUCUGGGAAAGUGCAGGAGAGCUCGGGCAGGCAGCGGCUUCUCAGCCUUGGGGCACCCAAGGACAAGGACAAGGACAGAGCAACAUGUGUGGGUGUCUGGUGAGGAGAAGGGGACAAAGGAGGCUUGAACUAUUGCAUGAAAGUUCUUCUCUCAAUAUUAACAAAAAAACCCAAAACUGAAGAGUAAAAGAGAAAUGAAUCAGAACUUAGAUCUGGUACGUAGCAAACGCCGAUACUGAUACAGUGCGUGAGUAGAAGAAAGGAGAAAAUACUGUGAGAACAGAGGAUCCUUAAUGUGGAAGAGAAAGGCCUGAAAAUGCUGGGUGAGCCAGAGCUGACGUCUGAGCAGCUCAGCAGAAGACGGGUUGUUAACGCGGCUGUUAACAGCACUAAACAGGUUCUCGUGGUAAGGAGCUAAAAGAAAAACCUCCAGCAGAAGCAGUGAAUUUGCUGUUGCUCCAGGUGUUAAAAUCAUGACUGAUGUGCAGAUGCAUGUUCUGGACAGAGACAUAAAAUACAGGUUAAUGGGUAUAAAGCAUGGGUACCAAUCUGAAAUUUAACUAUGCUGUUUAAACUGGUGAAGAGAUGGGACAAUUGACCUCAGUUGCUAAAAGCACAUCUAUAAAGAGGAAAGGGAUGCUUUCUUUUCCACUUUGGUCGUAUGGAAUGGCAAUGAACCUCUGCAUAGCCAGCAGGUGACAUCGCUAACCUUUAGUACAUGGAGAACGACGUGAACUGAUGCCUGGUCCGGGAACGCUGUUGGAUCUUGCCCAGGUUUGUCAGAGUUACCUGUGGAGAAGCUGCUUGUUUGGCAGCUCGUUUUGGAGCGCGCGAGUGUCAGGUCAGAGCGGCAGGGAAGGAGAUCCCGAGUACCGGUGCCACACACAGCCCGUCCCCAUGAGAACUGCCCGGCACGGCGCCGGUACCACACACAGCCCGUCCUGGUGAGAACUGCCCGGCACGGCGCCGGUACCGCACACAGCCCGUCCGGGUGAGAACUGCCCGGCACGGCGCCGGUACCGCAUACAGCCCGUCCGGGUGAGAACUGCCCGGCACGGCGCCGGUACCACACACAGCCCGUCCUGGUGAGAACUGCCCGGCAUGGCGCCGGUACCGCACACAGCCCGUCCCGGUGAGAACUGCCCGGCACGGCGCCGGUGCCACACACAGCCCGUCCCCAUGAGAACUGCCCGGCACGGCGCCAGUACCACACACAGCCCGUCCGGGUGAGAACUGCCCGGCACGGCGCCGGUACCACACACAGCCCGUCCCCAUGAGAACUGCCCGGCACGGCGCCGGUAACACACACAGCCCGUCCGGGUGAGAACUGCCCGGCACGGCGCCGGUGCCACACACAGCCCGUCCCGGUGAGAACUGCCCGGCACGGCGCCAGUAACACACACAGCCCGUCCGGGUGAGAACUGCCCGGCACGGCGCCGGUACCGCACACAGCCCGUCCCGGUGAGAACUGCCCGGCACGGCGCUGCUCCCGCCGCAAUGCUCAGCGAUGGCCAGUGCACCAGCCAGGCAGCUCGUCCUCUGAUUCGGGAACAGCUCAGAGCAAUAACAGCUGCUGAGGCCAUUGGAGACGAAGAAAAGGCUGCACAGGCAGAACAGGGUUGUGUCCUGCACAGCUCCAAGAUCACCUGUGGUGCCCCGAGGUGCCCUGGACUGUCACGCAGCCUGUAGCUGGUGCAGGUUGAUGCCACAUCCCCAACCAGGUGGGGAAGAGUAAAGUUGGCGGCCAUGGCAUCUAAGGAGUGAUGCGACCAUGUCCAGGGGACAGGGAAGCAUGUUGUCACCGUGAGUGCAGCCAGGAGGGAAAGAGAGACAUGGUAUACUCAUCAAGAUGGGGCUGGGCGGGCAGCGUUAGUCCAGAUACACACUGGUUUUGGUUUCUUCUGUGUCAUUUUCUCGCAUUCAGGUAUCCAAAACUGAAUGGCAGCUCUCUGGACUCUAAAAUCCUAAUGUCUGUGAAAUCCCAACAUGGGAAGCUUCCAACCAGCAUGGAGAUAGGACCAAACGCACCCCACCAGUGGAGCCCUUGCCUUGCGGGUUGUGCCCCGGUCCCCCACAGCGCUCGUUUCUGCCCGCACACCAACCAGCCGGCCCCAUGGCAGGUGAGAACCAGACUGACGUGACCGAGUUCAUCCUCCUGGGCUUUUCCCAUGGCCGGCCCUUCCUCUUUGUGCUCUUCCUGGCCAUCUACCUGGCCACGCUGCUGGGGAACUCCGCGAUACUCGCCCUCGUGUCCCUGGAUCCCCAUCUCCACAGCCCCAUGUACUUCUUGCUCAGUCACCUGUCCUGCUUGGACAUCUGCUACUCGUCGGUGACGGUGCCCAAGAUCCUGGCAAACACCCUGCGCCCGCAGGCCACCAUCUCGCGCCACGGGUGCCUGGCGCAGACGUUCUUCCUGAUGGCGUGCGCGGGGGCCGAGUGCGCGCUCCUGGCCACCAUGGCCUACGACCGCUACGCCGCCAUCUGCCAGCCCCUGCACUACACCCGCACCAUGAGCCGCGGCGUCUGCGCGGUGGCCGCCGCCGGCUGCUGGCUCUGGGGGCUGCUGGACUCGGCCGUGCACACCGUGCUGGCCUCCCGGCUCUCGUUCUGCGGGGCCGCGCGGCUCCAGCACAUCUUCUGCGACGUGCCCCCGCUGCUCCGGGCCGCCUGCAGCGACACGCGCCCCAGCGAAGUGGCUCUCCGCGCCGCCAGCGUCUUCGUGGGCCUCGGCCCCUUCCUGCUCGUGGUCACCUCCUACCUCCGCAUCCUGGCCACCGUCCUCAAGAUGCCCGUGGCCGGCAGCUGGCAGAAGGCCCUCUCCACGUGCUCUGCCCACCUGCUCGUGGUCACCGUGUACUUUGUGACAGCCAACCUGAACUACACCCGGCCCAGCUCCGGCUACUCCCCGGCAGCCGACACACUGGUCUCUGCACUGUACUGCAUCGUCACCCCCAUGCUGAACCCCCUCAUCUACAGCCUCCGCAACCAGGAGGUGCGGGGGGCCCUGCGGAAGGUUCUGCGGGGAUGGAGCUUCCCUGGCAGCAGCGCAUGAGCGGUGCAGCGCUGCAUGGGAGCUGUGCAGUGCUGCAGGGGAGCCGUGCAGUGCUGCAUGGGAGCCGUGCAGUGCUGCAGGGGAGCUGUGCGGUGCUGCAGGGGAGCUGUGCGGUGCUGCAGGGGAGCCGUGCGGUGCUGCAGGAGAGCUGUGUGGUGCUGCAGGGGAGCUGUGCGGUGCUGCAGGGGAGCUGUGCGGUGCUGCAGGGGAGCUGUGCGGUGCUGCAGGGGAGCUGUGUGGUGCUGCAGGGGAGCUGUGCGGUGCUGCAGGGGAGCCGUGCGGUGCUGCAGGGGAGCCGUGCGGUGCUGCAGGGGAGCCGUGCAGUGCUGUGGCGGUAUUGCCAUGUGUGCCAAACGGCUGCUGGGGGCAGCAGGCUCAGGACUCCCUGCCCAGGCAGCGAUUGCUUGUGGCACACUGACUCUCAGCACACCCCUGAUGGCCGAACGGCUAAAUAAGGUUGGGAACAAGGCUACCAUUCCACAAUUAUGUCUUUAUUUUGCAAGUGUCAUGUGCUGAGCUCAGCACAGGCCUUGUUGCAGCUAUGCUGCUGCCAGGGAACACGGUGAACGGCGGUUUCACGUGGAACCAGACCCUUGCUGGCCCGGGCAAGGCUGUGAGCUCUGCCCUGGGUCUGCCCGAGGGGCUGAGCCAGGCCCUGUACGGCACAAGGGCCAGCACCUUGGUCUGCAAAAGCUGCGCUCUGCAAGGGGCUGUCGCACCUCCCGCCACACACCCAGGCUCCAGCACCAGCUCCGCCGUCCGCUGCCUUUCUGCAGCCUGCCCUGACCGCUCUGGAGCGCUUCGCACAUUAGCACAGCAACCAGCCGUUUAAACAGACCACCCGUUAUUCUCAGUGCUUUGGUCAAGCAGCAAGUAAUUAGCACUGAGCUGUGAGCUGGCAUCGCUUCAAUCUUCACCAGAAAUGCUUUGCUUUAUAGACAUGAAAACCAAACCAUCGCAAUGCAGUUGUGCGUGGUGUGGCUGUGGGCGGCAGCGGCUGAGGGCUGGCUGGUGACAUGGGACAGCCACCGGAGCCCAGCUGCCUCACGUUAACUCCUUGCAGGGGCUCUGCAACCGUGGCCGAGCGCAAAUGAUUGCAUGAGCGCCGGGGCAGUCGCGCUGCCGGGCAGACCCGCAGGCAGGUGCAGGGUCAGCAGAGCCCGGCGCGACGGCAGAAGCGAGGAGUGAGGAGCAGCCGCCCAGUGCGCAGGGGCUGCGUGGGGAGGGAACAGGCACGGGCUGCACGGGAGCUGCACAGGGAGCUGCACAGGGAGCUGCACGGGAGCUGCACGGGAGCUGCACAAGGAGCUGCACGGGAGCUGCACAGGGAGCUGCACAGGGAGCUGCACAGGGAGCUGCAUAGGGAGCUGCACAAGGAGCUGCAGGGGAGCUGCACAAGGAGCUGCACGGGAGCUGCAUAGGGAGCUGCACAAGGAGCUGCAGGGGAGCUGCACAGGGAGCUGCACGGGAGCUGCACAGGGAGCUGCACGGGAGCUGCAUAGGGAGCUGCAUGGGAGCUGCAUAGGGAGCUGCACAGGGAGCUGCAUAGGGAGCUGCACAAGGAGCUGCACGGGAGCUGCAUAGGGAGCUGCACAAGGAGCUGCAGGGGAGCUGCACAGGGAGCUGCACAGGGCGCUGCACAAGGAGCUGCACAGGAGCUGCAUGGGAACUGCACAGGAGCUACACAGGGAGCUGCACAGGGAGCUGCAGGGGAGCCGCACAGGGAGCUGCACAAGGAGCUGCACAGGAGCUGCACAGGGAGCUGCACAGGAGCUACACAGGGAGCUGCACAGGGCACUGCACAAGGAGCUGCACGGGAGCUGCACAGGGAGCUGCACGGGAGCUGCACGGAAGCUGCAUAGGGAGCUGCACAAGGAGAUGCAGGGGAGCUGCACGGGAGCUGCACGGGAGCUGCACAGGAGCCGCACAGGGAGCUGCACGGGAGCUGCACGGGAGCUGCACGGGAGCUGCACAGGAGCUGCACAAGGAGCUGCACGGGAGCUGCACAGGGAGCUGCACAAGGAGCUGCACAGGAGCUGCAUGGGAACUGCACAGGAGCUACACAGGGAGCUGCACAGGGAGCUGCACAGGGCGCUGCAC